UUUUGCUCCUCGAAACACCAAUCCCUUCGACCAGUUCAACCUCUUCCCCUCGCCCAAGGACCGGAUGAUAUCGCUAUCGGUGAAUCGAAAGACGCAGCGCGCUUACUUUGUGACUGAUGCGCAGAGCAACAGUCUGGCGCUGUACCCGUCGACCUAUAGAGUCAGCUACAUAUCCGCUUUCAAGGGUAAAAACUUCACGGAAAUCUCCGACACGCCCGGCAAAGUGGGCUCCAUACAGGGCCCCAUGUGGUUCUCGGCUACAGUGGAUCUAGGCUUCGCCUGGCACGACAGCCUCGCCAGCCCUUCGGGCCUCGAUCUAGUUGCCUUCAACCCGGCCACCUGUCCUGGGGGCUACUUGACGUGCCAGUAUCUGUCCACACUUUGUAGCUGCCGACUCAACAACACCUCUACCAGCCCGCUCAUAUCGCUCACGCCCCAGAUCGGGCUCACCCCCUGCUUUGGCUCUUCUCAAACCCCCAGCAACAUCUCGCAAGACUUUCCCACGUGCCUGGUUCCGGGGUCUCCUCCUCUCGGCAAAUCGAGCCCCCCUCCGGCGAAACCCCCUCCCUCCAAAAUAAGCCCCCCUUCGGUGUUGCCCCCCCAGCAAAUCCGCCCCCGCUGUCUCAGCCCCCACCAAACGAGCUUCCCCCCCGCUUCCGCAACCCCCCCCAAUAACGUCCCUCCACCAGAAGCUGCAUCUCCCCCCCGCCGGCAAACGUCGCCCUUCAACCGCCGCCCGAACUUUGCCCCCCCCCUCCCGACCUCCUUUCCCCCCGCCGUACGGCAGCUUCGUCGGAGCUCAGCCGCCCCUUAA